AUGAUCGGACCUUUGRCGACGACGGCAUUGAUCUUUGGCGGGUGCUGCGUCAAUGUUUUCGCCCUCGAGGCCAUUGUGAAACUCGAAUCCAGCAGUGGCUUGAUCAUCACAUUCCUGCAGUUCGUCUUCGCGACGCUCAGUUCGUAUCCAUCUCAAUUUGAAGCCGGAGCACCCUAUACCCUUCGCAGAACCAAAGUGCCAGCGACACGAUGGGCUUUUAUUGCAGCCAUGUUCUUCGGCAUCAACAUGCUGAAUAAUUGGGCUUUUGCAUACAAUAUCAGCGUGCCGGUACACAUUAUCCUCCGCAGCUUUGGGAGUGUGACGACGAUGAUUGCGGGCUAUAUUCGAGGGAAGCGGUACAGCUUGCUGCAAAUCUUGAGCGUGGUGCUUUUGACUAUGGGCGUGCUUGUUAGCGCGUGGGCGGACUCGGAGAGCAAGGGCAAGUCAAUGUCUGUCGAGAGUGACUCUUCGGCAUCGGACUUCACGACGGGACUCGCGAUUUUGCUCGUUGCACAAUUCAUGUCUGCCUACAUGGGUGCAUACACCGAGGACACUUACUCGAAAUACGGUGCCAGUUGGACGGAGAAUCUCUUCUACUCCCAUCUCCUCAGCUUGCCUUUGUUCCUCCCUCUGGCUGGAACCUUGCAGCAGCAGUAUCGCAAAUUGGCAGCUACGCCACCUGUCAACGCGCGCCAGUACCUGCUCGACGGGUUGCAAACCAAGUAUUCCCUUGUGCCAGCGAUUGCGAACAAUCAGCUACUGGCGCUACUCUGCACGUUUCUGGAGGAUACCCCACAAGGGAUACUGUUUCUGCUCACAAACGCGGUGACACAACUUGCUUGUAUCUCGGGCGUCAAUUUGCUAUCCGCCAAAUCUUCGGCCGUUACUGUUACGAUUGUUCUGAACAUUCGCAAGCUGGUCUCGUUCAUACUCAGCACGCUGCUCUUCGGACACGAAUUGAGCACGUCCAUGAUCAUCGGUUCGACAUUAGUAUUCGGAAGUGGUGCGUUGUAUGGGUGGGAAACGAGCUGGAGGCUCCCAAGGGAUAAGAAAACCAAGACGACGCCGAAGCGAGCUGUUUCAUAG